GUGACCAGCCGCCGCGGCCGUUGGUUCCUCAGCUGACGCAGGAGAGCUGGCACGCAUGCGCUGUCUCCCCGGUUGUUGUCUGCGCGGCGGUGGCGGACAAGGAGGCGAGAUGUCGAAGCACGAGUUCUUCGUGGAUAUGACAUGUGAAGGCUGCUCUAAUGCAGUGACUCGAGUGCUGGACAAGCUCGAAGAUGUGCAGUUUAAUAUUGAUCUUCCAAACAAGAAAGUUUUCAUCGAGUCCAGCCGCAGUGUGGAGGAUUUGACAAAUUCUCUGAAAAAGACGGGAAAGGAAGUGAAAUAUAUUGGAAAAAAUUAGAGCACAAAUGGUCGUCAAUGUAACCGAAAAGAAACACCUGCCAGACGGAUGAAAUCAAAGUGUUUCUCUGGCAGCAGAAUCGAUAGAACCAAAUUACAGGGCAACAACAGCUGGAUUCUUUGUGACCAUAAUUAAAAGCUGUAAUUCCAAUAAUUAUUAACCUCAGACUGAAUGGAUAGCAAAGUGCUAUUUGGAAUGUUACAUUACUGGAAAUGCCUUAAUUUAUAAAUUUGCUUGAGUAGAUCUAUAAUUUUCUUUUGCAUUAAUUUACACAAUAAAUAAAUGUCUGUCUCAAUAACUGCUAAAGUAGCUGCUAGGAGCUUUGCUUCUUGAAUUAGUUAUAAUCAUUAAAUUUAUUAUUGACGCAGAUGGAGAUUUCUGUGCGUUACACCUGAUGAGGCAAUUGAUCAUUUGUCUUGCCUACCUGAUGGCAUAAGCAUGGUUCUCCUUAGAAUCAGUGUCAGAUUAUUUACAGAUUAAAAGCUGAGUAUUUGGUUA